AUUUCCACUUUACCGUCGACGUUAGGGAGCGUGCGUGGUGGAUGCUGGAUCGAUGGCCUUGUGUUUACCAACAACGUGUAUUCAGGUUCGUCCAGCAGUUACGAACUUGUCUUAAAAUACGAAUAAUAUGAUACUACGGAUUCUUCUCUGCUCUCUGAGCUUCAUCUCCACCAUACAAGCGCGAGGUCCGCAUCAUCCACGAGGCGAACCCAUCUCUAAACACCACGUCCAUUACAGACCCACAAAGGGAACAGGCGAACAGAAACUGACACAAGAUAAACAACUAUUACACGACACAGAACAUUUACAAGAACAUUUGGAAGAUAUAAUAAAUGAACCUGACCUAUCUGCACUCUCCGAUGAAGAAUUAGAGUUCUACUAUUUCCAAGUGCACGACGUAGAUAAGAAUUCGAAAUUGGAUGGUUUGGAGAUCCUGCAGGCAAUUCAACACACGAUGCACAAAGACGAGAGUGAAAGUAACGAAAGUACCGAGAACGACGAGGAUACAUUUAAUUAUUACGUCGAGUUAAUAGAUAAAGUGCUGGCAGAGGACGAUUUAGACAAUGAUGGGUUUCUAACGUACCCAGAGUACGUGGCCGGAAGGAAAAAGGAGAUAGUGCAAAUGCAGCCAAGCGUUCAGAUGAUCCAGUGAACAAAUUUAUAAUCUAAUAAUAUAUCAAAUUGUGCUGUC